GGUCCCAGGAUGACAGCAGUCCUCCUGUGUUUCCUCCUGGCUGGUCCAGUGCUGCUGGUUGCUGGCGGCCCAGUUUAUAAGUCCAACAAUGGGACCGUACCACUGGUGCUGUGGCAUGGGAUGGGUGACAGCUGCUGUAACCCGCUCAGCAUGGGAGCGAUAAAGAAGAUGAUCGAGGAGGAGAUCUCUGGCAUUUACGUCCUCUCGCUGAUGAUUGGAAAGAAUGUCAUUCAGGACACAGAAAAUGGGUUUUUCAAGGAUGUGAAUGAGCAGGUGUCCAUGGUGUGCGGUCUGCUGGCUCAGGACCCAAAGUUGAAGGAAGGAUACAAUGCCAUGGGCUUCUCCCAGGGGGGACAGUUCCUACGAGCUGUGGCUCAGCGCUGUCCCUCUCCACCAAUGAAAACCCUGAUCUCCGUCGGGGGCCAGCACCAAGGAGUGUACGGGCUGCCCAGGUGUCCCGGAGAGAGCUCCCACAUCUGUGACAUGAUCCGCAAAGCUCUGAACAGCGGCGCGUACACCGACUUGGUUCAGAAACACCUGGUGCAGGCCCAGUACUGGCACGACCCUUUAAAUGACGACCUGUACCAGAAGCACAGCCUCUUCCUGGCCGACAUCAACCAGGAGAGGGCUGUAAACGAGACGUACAGGAAGAAUCUUCAGUUGCUGGAGAAGUUCGUCAUGGUCAAGUUCCUGCAGGACACUGUGGUGGAUCCCGUCGAUACAGAGUGGUUCGGCUUCCUGAAAACCGGCCAGGCCAAAGAGACUGAAACUCUACAGGAGAGCGUUCUCUACAAAGAGGAUCGUCUGGGCCUUGCAGCGAUGGACAAGGCUGGAAAGCUGGCUUUUCUGGCAUCCGCGGGAGACCACCUGCAGUUCACCAGAGAGUGGUUCGAUGCAAACCUGCUGCCUUAUUUGCACUAAAACACUUCCAGUCAGUCAUCUCAGAGUAAAUGUACUCUAAGACUUCAAACAACUAUUCUGUUCAACAGCAAUAUAAUGCAAAAAUAAAAGCUUAAUAACUUGGGCAGGGAUGCAGAAAGCACAUAAUUCAUUCCUUUUGCACUGAUCACUUGUAGCAUGUUGAGGUUUUGGGAGGUUGAUUUUAGCAGCUAAUUUUAUGUGUUGGGUUUACUACUGCAUUACUAACACUGUUCCAAUAGGUCAAAUUGUUGUUUUGUUUUAUGCAUCAUUUAUCUGCCUCUGUACUGAUUACAUGUUUAAUCCAAUAAAGACAAGCAAAAAUA